AGUCGACUGUGAGCAAUCAAACAGGGAGGAACCGCCUAUUGCUGUAAAGUCCCUACCCCUCCAUAGGGUCAAAGUCUGUAGGAAACCAACGGAAGACCAGAGUCAGUGUCAACUUAACGCGAUUUCAUUUCAUCAGGAGGACCAACAAGUUGAUUUUUUCCUCCAAGUCGAUAUGUCUCCACUUCUGAAAGGCUGCUUCUUAAUCCUACUCGCGUCCUUUAUAACGGUAAGUACACGACUCAGUGAAUGCCUCGUAUUGUUCGAUGUCCUUCUGUUGUAAGAGUAACCGGUGUUAAACAGGUGUGGCACCCUGUGUUGGUGGGCUUUUUAGACCAUCGGGCAAAUACUACCACGAUGAGUGCAGACAUGGAUACGGAAUGAAAAGUUAAUGCGCAGUCUUUGUUGACAUGGACACUAUAGUAUUGUGCUGAAAGGUCACGGAACAACUCUUUCUUUAUAUCAAAUCCAUCAAAAGCAGCUCUCUCUAAUUAUUUCCCCGACAAGCGGAUGUGGGAAAACUCAAGAGUCACGAUAUAAAGUUUGAGACGAUGUAAGUGUGGAUUGUGACAUGAAUUGGGAUGUCAAAAAAAUGUCCCAAUUUUCUCUGAAGAGCCUUUUUUUUUCAUUUAUGUACGUGCAAAAUGUUUUUACUUAUUCAUUUAUAUGCUAACUUACUUUCUCAGAACAAGUAAAGACUUUGCUCUGUUCGUAAAUGUAGUAUACUAUGCAGAUUCUCAAUGGGUCACGUAAGUCAUAAUGUGAAGUCAGUAAUUAACUGUAUUAUUUCACGUGUUUGUCUAAGUUUGUCAUUGUUACUCAGUGAAAUGAGCACAUUAUUCCUCCCCCUUUGUCCCCCUGCAGCUUGUUUUUGUCAGCACAGAAGGAAAUGUGUUCAGCAGACAGAAGAGAGAGUGGAUCAUCGCGCCCAGAAAGCUGAAAGAAAACCAUGAUUACACAGGACUGCAGCACAUUGCAAGAGUAUGUUGUUGUUGUAUUUUUUCUGCGCAAAUAACUACAUUAAUCUACAAACCCUGAUCCAUUGAUACUGGGAAAAUGUUGUCAACAGGUGCAAUGACACUCAACCUGAACUGUAAUAAAUCACAUUGACUAUGAAGUUACUAAACAUGAUUAUCAGGCCACCUGUGUUUCUUCAUAAACUGACGUAGAGUGUAAAGAGCUCCUUAGGCACAGGGAACGUCUGGGUUCAAAGUGAGUCAGCCGAGACAUAAUCAAAUGAAUGCAUCACUGUUGGAUACACACCUGUUUUUGAUGUGGUUUGGCUUAUCUUACAUGAAACCACAGCUAUGUCGUAGAGUUCAGGAUUCACAUCAUGCUGUUACUAAUGGAAUCAGGUCUCAAUCAAUACUGUCGAAUGCUAUUUUUUUACAGAAUCUUGAAGUAAAUUACUUAGUUUUUUUAACUGUUCUUGCUAAAUGAAGAUUUCUCAUUAAGUAUUUUUGUUGUUGUUUUUCAGAUUCGCUCAGAUAAGGAGAAUUUUACAAAAAUAUUGUACUAUAUCACUGGGCCUGGUGUUGACCAGCCCCCUGUGGGUGUUUUUCGUAUCGACCAAAACACUGGUUAUGUCCGAAUCUUUUCCAUCCUGGACCGAGAAGAGAUCCCCUUUUAUCAUGUAAGAGCACCUAUAUUUCCUAUUUGACAUGUCUGUAUCAUAUAAACUUUAGUAUGGUGUUGUAUGUUAAACUCAAAAACACUGUGGUAUUCCAUUUUGUAGUUAAAGGGUGUGGCAAAAUAUACUGAUGGGACCCUGGCUGAGAGAGACCUAGACCUCAAAGUUACUGUUGUGGAUGAGAAUGACUGCAUACCAAUCAUUAAAGUACAACAAGUUGGAUCUGUGAAUGAAUCAAGUGCAGCAGGUACUGAAAAUAAUAAUAAUAAUAAUACAUUUUAUUUGAAGCGCCUUUCACGUCACUCAAGGACACUUUACAGAACAUAUAAAAACAAUAAUAAAACACUAUUAACAAUUAAAAUCAUUAAUCAUCAAACAGUUAAAAUCAACAAAGCAACAUUAAAACAUUAAAAGACACUGACAUUGAAAGACACUAACAUAACUGCCAGCAUUAAAUAUUACGUUUUCUCCAAUAACUAAUAUGAUAAUUCUUUGCUCUUGUGGUAUUUUUAGGCACUGUUGUGAUGAAGGUGAUAGCUACUGAUGCUGAUCAAGAGAACACACCCCACUCACUGCUCAGCUACAACAUAGUGCAACAGAGUAACACAGCUGGGAUGUUUUAUAUGAACUCUCGGACAGGGGAGGUCAUGGUUCAACGGAGUACUCUUGAUAGAGAGGUGAGACACUGUACUGACUUGAAAUCCUCCCAUUGCUCAACUAAGUCUCUAUGUUGGAAAAAAUGUUUUACUUGCAGUAGUUGGACUCUUUCUACUUGUUCCAUUAUUUCUAAUAGAACAUGGAUGAGUCUGGUUAGGAUAACAUAUUUUGUAAACACAUUUUUUCCACCAUUAAAGCUCCUGUGAGGAAUUUUUUAACGUUCAUGAAAUACACUGAAAUUCAUUUUUAUGUGUUUAUUUCUGAUAUACAAAAGCAAACAAAACAGAAAACAGAAGAUAGUUUUAAAGCAUGUAGGGGGCAAAAUAAGCAAAGACUACUUUGUCCCUAGGGCGGCACCAAAAUUGAGACAAACUAAAAGUCCCUCUCAGGAGCUUUAACAAAAUUCCAAGUUUAAUGUUGAUUUAUGGUCAAUGAAAAACAAAACACAGUCCUCUAGAAACUACAAAGCUAUUUUAAAUCACUAGAUUGAAUCUAUAAUCUCAUUUUCUCAGACACAAGAUACGUACAAGUUGACCAUAUCAGCAUCAGACAUGAACGGCGAGCGAGGGGGAAACACGGGAACUGGAGAAGUUGAGAUCAAAAUUCUGGACAUUAAUGACAACGUCCCAACCUUGGAGAAAGAAUCGGUAAGUGUGACAUGAUAACACCAAUCUAAGACUUAAUUUUUUUUGUUUACCUGCUCCCUAAAUUAAGCUCAUCUUGAUGUGUUUCAUCUGCAGUAUGAAGGGAGUGUGGAGGAGAACACCAUCAAUGUGGAAGUGUUGAGGAUUAAAGCUGUGGACAUGGACCUGAUGUACUCUGACAACUGGCUGGCUGUCUUUGAAAUAAUCUCAGGGAAUGAGGGAGGUUAUUUCACCAUCACUACGGAUUCAAAGACUAAUGAGGGAAUCAUCAUGAUCAAUAAGGUAAAUGAGUGAAGCCUAACUCAGGUGGACUGAAUUUUAAACAAUCAAAUGACUUCAUGAAUGUGGUUGACGAACACAACGAAGGCUAAUGUGACAUCCUUUUCCUGAUCCUACAGGCUUUAGACUACGAAGAGCUCAAAGUGCUCAACUUGGAGAUCGCCGUUUCCAACAAAGCAGCAUAUAAUUUUGGAAGUGGGGUAAUUGCAGGAGGGUCAGUAACCUCCAAGUCUUACCCAAUUAAAAUCAAUGUGAUCAAUCAGAAGGAAGGACCGCGUUUCCAACCGAGUGUCAAAGUGGUGACCAUCUCUGAGGACCACACCUCUGUAUCCAUCAACAAAGUCAUUGCUAACUACGCGGCGAUUGACAGCGACACGCUACAAAUAGCCACAAAUGUCAGGUAUGGCAACAAAAUAAACAGAACAUCCAAGUGAAUGUCUCUUUGUCUCUGAAUGCAUGUUAAUCCCAGUGAAACCAUAUUUUUUUGUCUUUUAAAUAUAGAUAUGCCAAGAUCCGUGAUGAUGACAACUGGCUCAUUAUUGAUAAAGAGACCGCAGAUAUUAGGCUGAACAAACUGCCAGACAGAGAGUCACAUUUCUUGAUUAAUGGAACAUAUUACGCCAAAAUUAUAUGUAUCACAAAGGGUGAGUUCAGAUAUAUGUCAGUGAUUAUUCUUCAGUGAGGUCUGCCCCAGAUUAAUAUUGAUCUUGCUUUCUUCUGGUUUUCAGAUGUUCCAUCAAAAACAGCCACGGGGACUAUAGCCAUUCAGGUGGAGGACUUUAAUGAUCACUGCCCCACACUGACAGCUACAACUCACACCAUGUGCCUCGGAGAUAAUGUCAUCUAUGUCGUAGCUGUAGACGGAGACGAAUUCCCCAAUUCAGCACCGUUUGACUUCAGUGUGGUUCAGGAGAGCAGUAAGGGGAAAUGGAAAGUGGAGCCUCUUAAUGGUACGAUUACUCAAAACGGACAAUCUGCUUAAGAGGAUUCAAUUACAGAGGCAGUUUUAGACUGAUGUUGUGUUUACAAGGACGCUUUGAGUAACUCAAUUUUGAGUAGAUUUUUGUGGCUUUUUCAUUCAUCUUAUCUCUUAAAUGAUCUCAUCUUAUACAUACAGUGGAAGUUUAGUAUUUCCACCUGCUUCCUUUAAAUGGCUCUCAUGCUACCUACUGAGAAAGUGUGCAGGGAAAAGCUCAAACAAAGGCUCUUUCACUCAGCAGGCUUUACAUCAUGCUGUUGGAAUCUGAUGAAAGGAUAAACAAACAGUAUUGAUAUUGUCAGUCUUGGAGCUUCAGGUACAUCAGUCAAGCCCAGUUCAUGACUAUUUAAGCUCCUUAAAGUAGCUUCAAGUUCUUGUUUAAACUUUUUUGGGGGUUGUUUUUUUCUUAUACACAGGAGGGUGCAAAUUUGUAUGAGUAAGACAAACUUCAAAAUUACAAGGUUGCUGCAAAUAUGCACAUAGAUUUUUUAUUUUUUUGGCAAGGAAUGUGCUGUGUGUCAGAAAGAUGACUGUUACCGUUAUUUCACAUAAUCAGUCAUUAACUUAUUUCAACCUUAGCUAUGCUGAUAAGUUAAUGUCAAACUCUGCAACAAGUCAAGCAACACCUAAUCAAAUGUGUGUCCCGUCUUCCUCCAGAAACUGCAGCUAUUCUGCGAGAUGAAGCCAACUUGUGGCCGGGGAUUUACAAAGUUACAGUAGAGGUCAAGGACCAGCAGGGAAAGUCAUGUGCCGAUGUUCAAGUCGUGGAUGUUGUUGUGUGCACUUGUACUGAAGACACCAAAGUCUGCGUGGGACGCACGACAAAGACUUCAACUUUUGGAGCGUCUGGUAUCCUGCUCAUGCUCCUGGGACUCCUGCUCCUACUGUGUGAGUUGAAUAAAAUGAACACAUUGUUGAUCAAUUUGCACGAGUCUUGAACAAAGACAUGUUUUAACAUGCUGGAAAGAUCAUUGAAAGUAUGGGUGGGUCAUGGGCACUACUGCACCUUUUUGGACUUAUUUCUAAUCUUUUUAUUGAGUCAGUAAUUUGAUGUUGGAUUGAUGACUUGUUUGAACUGCCCACUACGUUUUUGUUAGAGUUAUUUCUCACAGUAUGACACAGUGCCAUAUCUGCGUGUUUUUAGUGGUGCCUCUUCUGCUGCUGUUCUGCUUGUGUGGAGGUGGAGCAGCUGCUGGAGAUUUCAAGGCUAUUCCAUUUGAUACAAAACAACAACUGAUUUCAUAUCACACUGAGGGACAAGGAGAAGACAAGGUACUUUGAUGCAUGUAUAGGAUCUUACACAAUAUAAAACCCUUUUUCAAAAUUUGAUGAGAUCUUAUAUUUGUCUUGUAGGAAGUUCCUCUUCUUGCUACCAAUGUGGAAGUGGAUGGUGGCAUAGUAAAGGGACAGAAUGUCAAUGUUGGCAGCAGAAAUGGAUAUCUAGAUGGACUGGUUGAACUAGGAGGAGCACAGGGUGGAGGAGCAGGUAUCGGCGGCUCCAUCCUGACAACUGAGAACAUAAACACAUUCGGCCGAUACAACCAGUCUGUUGGACAAAUGGACUACUCUGGGAUGAUGACAGGGCAAGAACAUCAUUACUCCCGGUACAACGCUGGGGUUUUUGAUGGGAUGGCCCUUUCUGAACAGUUCCUGGGCGAAUAUUAUUUGAGUGUAAGUGUUUUGAAUUGCACUAAAAUUUUAUUCUAAAGUAAGUCUGGAUUGGCGGUUUGGUUGAGUGAAAAGCAUUAGCUGACACAGUGCAGCCAACAGAUGCAUGACCUUGGAUUAUUUUUUUACAUACUCAAUAAAAUAACUCACUAUUGGUAUAAGACUCAAUAUAUUAUGGUUCUUUCUCUCUGCAGAAAUCUGACCAUGCUGCACAACAGUUCCAGCAGAAGGAUGCCUUACUGGUCUAUGACUUCGAGGGUCAGGGGUCUCCAACAGGUUCUGUGGGCUGCUGCAGUCUUCUUGAGAACGAUAACGAUCUUUCAUUCCUUGAUGAUCUUGACCCUAAAUUCAAAACCUUGGCUGAGAUUUGCAGGGGUUCAGCCUUGGUGACUGAGACUGUGGAUGCAAAGGUUUCUAUCCCUUACCCCAGACCAGUGUCUCCUGUCAUGCCCUCCACCCACACGCACACUCACACUCACACAGAAACAAUCAGGGACAGGGACCACGUCAACAUUAACACCCUCAACACCUCUAACAUUGCGUCUGGAUCCUCCACCUUCGUCCAGGAGGAGCGAAUCACUGAGAGUUCAUCAAUGGUCCCCCAGGUACAUGUCCAGGACCAGUAUGUGAUUCCCAGUCAGACGCUUCUCGUUCAGCAGCCAACUAUGUAUGUGACCGCCACACCAAUGUAUGUAGUUGACUCCAAACCACAGAUGGUGUUGGUGUCUGGCACCCAGCAGGCAGUGGGUCAGAUGGGUCCAGUUGGGCUUGGACAGGGGUUAGUACAGGUUGGUGGCAUCCAAGGUUCUCAGGGUGUAGUCUUUGUUGACAGGCAAAUGGGUAUAGCAGGAGGCUCAGGGCAUGUAGCAGCAGCUGGUGUUUCACACGGGACCGCAUCCAGAUCCAGAAAGGUGCUAGUUGUGGAGGGAGGAUCUUCAGGUGGAGAUCAAGUUUCCCACUUAGCGCAGGGUAUCAUUCAGACUGGACACGGGUCUGCAGAGCAGGGCGUGGAGGUCAGAGGUCAAGGUAUGCAGGUGAAAACCCAAGGUUUUUCAAUGAGUUCGCACAGUUCCUCUGGGUCUCAUGAAGACAUCCUCAUGGCGGCACCACCAAAGGCGCAAGGGAGCAAGAGGGUGGUUGUGCAACAUAAGAAAGUGUCAGUCACUGAGAGAAACACUGAAUCCAGUACAAGAGCAUAAAGAAGUGUAAGAUGAGAAUAUCCAGCAGUUUUGUACCUAUUUAGAUAUGUAUAUAGAUGUGUGUCAGUGCAUUAAAAUGACCAAGGGCGAAUUAUAGAUGGAAAGAUUUGAAUAAUUCAUGGUAAAACUGAUCAAAGUAAAGUGCAAUGCUGUACUUAAGGUGCAGUCUAGGGACAACAGUACUACUACUUUUGAAAAAGUGUUGACAUGGUUUACAUAUAUGACUGCUGUUGGCAUAAAAGGGAUUUCUGCACCUAUACUGUUGAGGUUACAUUGGCAAGGCCUCCCACUAAAAUAAGGGUCACUAAGGAUCAGCAGUAUUAAAAAUGCAAGGAAGAGCCUGAUCUCAAGAGGCGUCAUAACUGAGGUAUGAAAAGCCUCUCCCUGUGGUUCCAAAAUAAUAUUAUGUGACAGCCAAGCCAGUCAAAGCACUGUAAUUAUUUCAGGUAGAAAUGAGCAUGGAUAAAGAGCAGGAACAAACAAAGUAACUUCAACAGAUUUAAACCUGUUAGCCUCUAAUCUUGCCUAUCAGACCAAAACCACUGACCUCAUCUGUUAAACAAAGAAUAACUCCAAAAAGCUGAACAUAAACCAGAAGGUUGUGGCGAGAUAAGAUAGUGUCAACAAGAUUAUUUCUACCACAUAACAAUCCAGGUUAAAUCAGAUCUUUCCACUUCUUGCUCCAGAUAACCAGGCUGGGAGCAAAAAGAAAGACAAGAUUGGUUUCUGAUGACCUUGUUCCACUGUAGGCUGUAACUGUUAUGGAUCAGUACACUUAUUUAAUACUCACAGUUAUUUCUGUGGCCAAUUAAAUUAUAUUUUACUGCUCUUCUGGUUUCAAAUCCCACUGAUUUACCUAGAGCCUAGUUAAAGUUAGUCUGUUUAAUCUACUGUAGGUGGUUGCAAUUAUUUAAUGAGUGACCACAGCAGAACUAUGUUAGUAUAGUCUGAUACCUACUUUAAAUCAGUGCUGUUGUUUUUUAGCGUGACAGAUAAGUUGCAUCCUCUUACGUGCUGGCUUUAGCUGCGCAAUAUAAGCUGCCCUGCCAACUUUGAGAUUCUUGAACCUAGUUGAACUGUAACUAAUGAGGAGCUGUUUUAUGGGUGGCAACUGCUUCCUUGGAAACCCCUCUGAGCAGAGAUAAAUGCUGUUCGUACUGUUAAACCCAUGAAAGAGCUCUUUGCAGAAGGACCAAAGCCCAAGUCUCUAAAAGAUUUAGUGCACCAAGACUGGAUUAGAUGGUUUUUCAAAGUAGACAACAGAGUCCUCACAGACUGUAAACCAAAGAAAGUACUCCGCUAAUUCUUCAGUAUGUUUUGCACUCUUGAUACUUCUACCUAAUAUGUGUUGGUUUGUAGUUUGUACUUUUAUAAAAAGUGUUAACUUAGGAAAACUGAGUGCCAAAUAUAUGAACUUGAGUAAAUGUAAAAUGAUUUCCCUAUUUUUAAGAGUGUAAAUAUAUUUUUAAGAUGCAGAUAGACUUAAAUGGUGUGUUUUUGUGUGCAGGUGUAAAUGAUUUUAGUGUGCGAGGAGACAGAGAAAUCGAGAAGCUUUGCAAGCACUGAAAACAUUUUGUUGAGUGUCACUAUUUGAUACUGCCGUUCUUGCUAUUGAUAUGUCUGUGUUUUCAACUCUUACUGCUGAUUUUCAGUAUGGAUUUAGCAGAUUACUGCAUUACAGCAGCAGUAUUGGUUAUGGGAAUGGAAUUUAUUUUUCUAGUUUUUGCACUUGAUGGCAUAAUAAAAUGGAAUAUGAAAAAGCUGUAACUCCUUUCAGUCUUUUAUAUAUUUUUUUAAAUAUGUGAUAACAAAAUAAUCCAGGAUAUCACAACACAUAAAGCAUAUGUAUCAUACACAUAAGUCUAUCUAUAUGUGAUGUAUAUUGUAUGUGUCUGAGUAUUUAAUCUGUGCUGAUGCUAUUAGCCACAGUCAUUUAGUUUUACUGACAACAUCCAAAAUGAAAAAAAAAUCAAAAGUCAGCUCUUUUCAUUCAUUUUUUUGCUAUUGAAAACACUGUGCCUACAUUUCCCACAAUGCAACACACUAACUAAUGGCUCAGUUUGAGUUUCAGGGGUGUUUUGCUGGCUUCAGCUUUAAGCUUGGAGCAGAAUUGUGUCUUUAUUCCUCAGCCAACACUGACUCAGGUGACAUGAGUUGAUGCCAACUCUCUCUAAAGCGACCAGUUGUUCUUUCCAGCUUUUUCACACACUUCACAACCCCUCCUCUUGACUUUGAUGACUACAUCUGGUAAUGCAGGGUUAAAAAUUUGUUUAGUGAGGGCAAAGAGUGUUGUUUUUUUCAGUUGACUGGUUGUUUGAUUCCCAGCUCCAUCAUGUCUUAGCAUUCUUGGAAAGGAAACAAAGCUUCUUGUUGCACCUGAAGGAACAGCCAUUGGUAUGAGUCUAAAACUGUGUGUACAUGUGUAUAUAUGCAAAAACAAGUUUGGUAGACAGAGGACUUGAAACUCGACAUAAAAGCAGUCCUUUUGCCUUUCUAUAGCGAUUUACGCACUUGUGGAAACCAUCUGGACACACUAAAAAACAGAGUCUGUUAUGGGUUAAAACCAAAAAAAAAUCCAACCCUGACCUGAAAACCUACAG